UGCGCCCGGCGUCCGGCCCGGGGCUCCUCCAGCCGUGUUGGGGCUCGAUCGGGGUGGGGCCAUACCCCCGGGCCGGAAGGCUCUCCGAGCCCCUGAUUGAUUUCCGCGACGCCGUGGGGUAGUGAUACCAUCCUGCAGCAGCUUCCCUGGCCUCAGCCUCAGUUUACCCCCUUGUUCAUUCAUCCCCUUAACGGGUCAGGAGCCUCUGCUCGGGAGGACAGUUUUCGUAAUCACGCGAUUGAAAGCCGCAGGCCUGUUAGAGAGCAUCUUGUCCAAUCUCCCGACUCUAGAAAUGGGGAAAUUGAGGCCCAGAGAAGGGGAGGUGGACACCAAGGGCCCGAAGCCUCGAGUUACAUUAGCUGCUGAAAGGGGAAGAGUCUGGGGGAAGCAGGAAGAGCCUGGAGGAUUCGGGUGCUGGACAAGGGCAGAGAGCAGAUCCAUUUUCUAGGACUUAAACUUGAAUGAGGGUAUGCUACACACCUCAAGAUGUGGGUCUCUGGCCUUUGGCCAGGAAUAAACCCCUAAGCUUCCCUGUUUUUAGAAGCCACCAUCUGAAGCAAGAUCCCUCCUGGUCACUCUUCUCUCCAACCUUUCUUGACAAUGUCUACCCUGAUUCUCAACUUGGACUUUGGGGACUGUCCUCCCCCAAAGAAGGCAACUGAAGGGAACCACAAGCACCAGCGUUUCAUCCAGCGACAACGGCGGAUACAGAGGAACCUUAAGCAGAAACAGAUGCAGGUCCCUGCCAAGCCGUCGGGAUCAGGGCAUUCUAAGUUCCAAAAUAAAGGGGGGACCCUUAGCACAAAUAAUAAACAGAAACUCCAUCCCCUCCCUGAACCUAUACGGGAGACACCCAGUCAGAAAAAUGGAAUUGAGAAGCCCUUGAGUAGGAAAGUAUCAACAGUGUCCUGGUUGACACCUGCUCCUUCACGAAAGACCAGUUCGGUAUCUGUGGCAUCUAAAGUAGAUCUCCUGUCAGAGUUCCAGAGUGGCCUCUGUCCCCUCCCACCUGCCCGAACCCUCCCACCUGCAGCAGAGAAGAGUUGCAACAAGAAGAUGGUGGCUCUUGAUUGUGAGAUGGUGGGCACAGGGCCUAAAGGCCAUACUAGUUCUUUGGCCCGAUGUAGCAUUGUAAGUUACAAUGGUGACGUGCUAUAUGAUGAAUACAUUCGUCCUCCCUGCAAAAUUGUGGACUACCGGACCAAGUGGAGUGGUAUCAAAAAGGAGCACAUGGUUAAUGCCACCCCUUUCAAGGCAGCCCGGAAAGAGAUCUUGAAGAUACUCCUUGGCAAGAUUGUAGUGGGCCAUGCCAUCCACAAUGACUUCAAAGCCCUCCAUUACUUUCACCCCAAGCCCCUUACCCGAGACACUUCCAGAAUCCCUAUCCUUAAUUCCCGGGCUGGCUUCCCUGAGAAUGAGUCAAUCUCUUUGAAGCGUCUUACCAAGCAGCUGCUCCAUCAGGACAUUCAGGUAGGGAAGAGCGGGCAUUCCUCAGUUGAAGAUGCCAAGGCAACCAUGGACCUCUACAAGUUGGUGGAAGUUGAGUGGGAACAACAGCUGGCCCGAUCUCCUCCCUCUCAGGAAUAGGGGAGGUGGAGUUGUGGGACUGGUAGUCAUUGCAGAGAGAAGGCCUCAGACUGAGGGUAAACAGCUACCCCCAGGGGGAACAGACUAUCCAACAGCCCAAGACUUAGGCUGGAGCUGUUGGGAAGUGAGUCUACCCCAGACCCAAUCUCUCCAACCAUAGACCAUUGAAAUUUUUACCACAGGUGUUGUGUCCUACUUGUCUAGCGUGUUUCCCCUCUCAGUCUCAGUGAAGGGGUGUGGGGUAAAGGGAAGCUCCCUACAUUGAAAGCCAGCCCCUUGCUGCCCACCCCUUAGCAUUGGUGUUUUAGGCUGGUCACAAGUCCCGGCAUUCCUUGCUUCAGCCAGGCAGCUUGGCUAACAGGACAAUACUGGGAUGUGUAGUUUCUCUAGAUCUCCCCUAAAUCAUUAUGGCUGUGAUUAAGUACUUUUGUCCCAAAGUACCAUCAGCUAAUACCAUUUUUAGCCCAAGACCCUUUUCUCCCCACCCUUGAUACCUGGAGGAGCCACCUCUGAUUAUCAGUUGAUUUCCUGUUUUUUUACUGAGUAGUGGGAAGCAAGAAAAUCAACUUUUUCAUGGUCACAUUUUAAAAAAAAUAUCUUCUUUAUCCUAAGGAAAAAAAAAGAGGUAUUUAUUUGAGUCCCAGGUGCCUGCUGAGAAAGCAUUUAUGUUUUCAAUGCUCCCUCCUUCAUGUUAAGUGAAGCCUCUAAAUGCCCAAGUUACUGCCUUGUAAACUCACAAAGGAAUUUUUAUAAAGGAAGAAGUAUUGUUUUUUGCUACUUAUUAAACAGAUUCAGGACAGUGUAUUUUGUAAAAGAAUGUAUAAUAUGGGCUAGCCACAGUAAUUCAGUAAAGGAGUUUCCUGGUUUGUGAAUUUGAAAAGCCCUGAACAGCACCCCAUAUGUGGAUAAGACCAAUUACACAAUCUCAUCUUCACAAACAUUUACUAAGGAUCUUCAGGUUGCUAUUCCUGUGCCCUGUUGUUCACAGCUCUGCUCCACAUCCCCACUCGUAAAUCAGAUGUAUUGUGGAUAAUAAUGCAGCAAGAUGCAUAGAAUGGCUAGAAGUGUGGUGUCUCAAAGUCAGUACAUGUGCAAGUUUAGAUGGUAUUUCUCUUAGCAGAGACUGUCUGAAUGCCCUGCCAUGAUCCCAUCAAGUCUGUAAUUUCGUGUUCAAUUUUAAACAUACCCCAUUUUUAGGAGGGAUAUUGAUAAGCUUGGAGCUGGUACUGAGGGGGCUUAAAACCAUGUCAUUAGAGGCAAGUUUUUCAUGUGGAAAAAGAAAAAAUCUUAUUCUGCCUCACUCCAUAGGUUAGAGCUAAGAAGUUACCCAGAGACAGAUUUCAUCUUAAUAUGAGAAGGAAUUUGAGCUGGAAGGGACCUUAGAGAUCACAGGGUUAAUUGACCUGCCCAGGGUAACACAAGAAGUAACCUGCAGAGCUGAUGUUUGAAUUCAGGUCUUUCUUCCAAAUCAGGACUUCCCCAAUCUGUGUGUGUGUGAGCAGAGGCUGAAUGACUGCCUUUGGACAUAUCGGUGGGAUACAUGUUUCAGGGAGGGUUGGACUAGAUGACCUUUGAAAUCCUUUGCAGUUCUGAGGUUAAAUAAUUCUAUAAAAUGGAUCAUUUGGCACGAGAAAAGGGGAUAAAUGGGUGAAAAAAGGGUAUUCUGAAGCAACUGCAGGCUAGUUUUUCAGUAAACACCAGCCAUGUUCAACACGGAAGCCCAAAGGGUUUUCUUUCUUCCCUUUUAAUCUGGGUGUGCAGUUUGUAUUCACUUUGGCAGUGCAGGCAUUUUAUUAUCCACACAAAAACCCAGGGCCAUAGUUCUGUAUUCACUGCCUUGCCUCUGGUGACCAGAGCUACCUCCUCGACUGCCAUCAGAAAAGAAGAGCUUCACCACAGUAACAUCUCUUCCUGUAGCCCAGCCAGGCCCCAAGCAUUAGCUCAUUGAUUCCUUCCUAACAUGGUCUGCGUGCACAGGCAGCCAGCAAGGCCUGAACAAGUUGGUUCCUGUCAAGCCUAGCAGGCAUUAAUGUCCGUGUUGGCAUAGGAGGAGUGACAUUGUGCCUGGUCCUUGAACAGAGACAACCAGGCAGUCUAUGAAGUCUGCAUAACCUGAACAAGGGUAACCACUGUGUUGGCCACAUCGAGAAUCAGAAUUGGACAUGAAAACAGAAUUAAGUUACAGAUAUCCAUCAUGGUCAGUGAAGAAGAAAAACUACUAGCAAACUCAUGGAAUCCAGGUCCUGUUGACUAGGUAACUAUUGACUAAAAUUCAAAUCUUUUGUCUUUAUGGGAACUAUUUAUGAAAACAGUGACAUGGUCACUGCAGGGAGAAGACCAGACUCUAGCUUAUACAUGUGGAAUUCAUAGUACAUAUAUCUAGCCUUGCUGAAGGCAGCACCUGGAAUUGUCUGCUAGAUUAUAAGCUCCUCUAGGGCAAGAAACAGUGUAUUUACCAUAUUGGUCCAAUUUGAGUAAAACCUGAGUGUCCACCAAAUGUUAUUUUUCAGCGUGUACUUAAAUGUCCUCUUUUUGAGAUUUCAUGGUGAAUCUUAACAUUUAGUUUAAUAUAAGUGACUGAGACUAGUUCAAAAUUGUUUUGCGAGGUCCAAACUUAUGAUUUCAUUGGUUUAGAGAUGUCUGAGUGAGAAAACUCCCAUUACCAAUGCAGAUCACCAACUGCUCCGCAAUGUAUAGUCUUAGAGAGUUUCCUGGAAGCACUGAGAGUUUAAGUGAUUUAUCCAGUCAGUUGUUACUUGUCAGAGUUGGUUUCGAACCCAGGUCUUCCUGAUUCUAAGGUAACUAUCUACUGUAUCAUACUGCUUCUCAAACAAAUGACAACAGUUGACAAUAGAAUACUACUAUGAUUAAUGAAUGUGUUAGUGUCACAGAAUUUCAGAGUUGUAAGGGAUCUUAGAAAUGAGAGUAGUCCAUCCUAUACCAAAAGGAUUCCUGUACAAUAUAUCAGAUAAGUGGUCAUCAGACAUUUGUUUGAAGACCUCAAAUGAGGAGGGACCUACAACAUUCUGAGCCCAUUUUGCUUUUGAAUCAUUUGACUUAUUAGAAAAGCUUUACUCAAAUUAAGACCAAAUCCACCUUAUUGCAACUUCCAUCCAUUGCUCCAAGUUCUGUCCUCUAGAGCCAAGCAGAUCAAGUCUAGUUCACUUUUCACAAAGCUCUUCAAAUACUGGAAUACAGCUUCACUGUGUCUUUUCUAGGCUAGUCUGGCUCCUUCCAUCCUUAUAUGGCAGGAACUUGAAGACCUUCACCUUCCUUGUCAUCAUCCUCUGGACAUACUCCAACUUAUCAUUGUCCUAACUCAAAUGUGUGCAGGACUAAACACCAUACUUCCACUGUGGUCUGACCAGUGAAGAAUGUAACAGCAACCAUGUUCUUGGAUACUGCCUCUCAAUGUGUAGCCUACGAUCACAUUAGCUUUCCUGCACUGCCAUGUGGACUCAUAUUGAGGUCUGUGACCCACUAAAACCUCUACACCUUAUUGACUGGGCUCUCUAACACCUAUUUUGUACUUGUGAUAGUGACUUUAUGAAAUUGAGCAUGACUUUACGUUUAUCCCUAUGACUUUCAUCAUGUUUGCUUUGACUCGGUGUUCUAGCUUACCUUAAGAUCUUUUUACAUUCUUACAUAUCUGAAGAUUGGAAAAGCAUGCCUCCCAUGCCUGUGCAAGUCAUCAAGAUGCACAGGACCCAGCACAGAUCCCAUGGGGAACCUUCCAAGUUGACAUUGGAUCAUUAAUGAUUACAUUUUGAACCUACCCAAUCAUUUCAGAAUCCACUUAAUUGUAAUAUUAUCUAGCCCACAUUUUGCCAUCUAUUCCACAAUAAUAUGUGAGACCUUAUCAAAUGAUUAUUCUCCUGAUGUACAGGAAUUCUGUCAAAAAAUGGAAAUAAGCCGAUUUUUGAUGGUUAUUCAGAAUGUGAUCACUUCCUUUUUUAGAUAUUCAUAUCUCUUUAAUGUGUCCUUGAGUUCCUGCAGAAAUCAAAGUCAAACUAUUUGGUCA